GUUGCGUUGACUCACAAAACAUAUGAUAAAACAAUUCACACAAACACUCACUCGUCAUGUCUUCAACCGAUGGAUCCGAUGAUGAGUUCGAGAGCGCGGAUGAAGACGUCGACUGUACUCAUACACACGGAUCAGAUGCGCGGCUGAAAGACGACAAUCUCGUGGACACCACUACUCCAUGUGUUGAACAUAUCGUCCAAACGAGUGAUGUGACACAAACUGUGGAACCGAUUUCAAGCACUAAACCAAACCAAUUAAGUGAAGAAUUGGUUCUCAAGAAAGAGAUCCAAACGAUUAAAUCAGAAAAUAUUGUCGAAACUGAAAGUGUCGUCAAAUCUGAUGAAACAGUUGUCGACAAAAGUGAUGAAAAUGUGGCGAAAGAACAGAAAAUAAUAAUAAAAGGGCGAAAAAUAUUGAGAAAAGGGGACAGAAAUAGAGAAACCCCUCCCGAAGAAGCCAUUGUCGCCAACGAUUGGGAGGAAGACAUCCAACCAAUAGAAUUACCAGAACUUGAAUCAAUUGAAAGUGAUAUUGAAUUAGAAAAACCAAAAUCCGAUGAAAUAGUUGUCGAUAAAAGUGAUGGAAAAGAAUUGAGUGAAAGAGAUGUGAGAAUUAAAGGACCAAAAAUAGACACUAAUAGAGAAGAUAGUCUUCAAGAGACGACUCCCGAAGAAACAGAUGUUAACAAAGAGAGCAAAGUGUUGACAAUAUCUGAGAAAUUGUCUCAAUUGGACAUCAAAUCGGUUGAUGUGAAAGAGACUGAAGCGACGGAAUCACUAAAAAUUGAAUCUAAAAGUGAUAUUAAAUUAGAGGACAAAUCAGAAUCAGAAGAAACUCGUAUUGAAAGCAGUGAUGAAAAGGAGUCGAAAGACCAGAAGAAUGUCAUAAAAGGACGAAAACUGAUGAGAAAAGCGGACAGAAUU